AUGGUGGUACUGAGGAUUUUUCUAUCAUUGAUUGUCCUUUCUACCGUGUGGUUAGUGAAUUCCAGUCAAAAUGUCAACUUUGAUGAGCCAAAAGAGGAAAUAAUUAUGGUGUUUCGGAUAGAUCCCGGGAAAAUCGACUGUUUCCAUCAAAAUCUCGUGAAUCCCAAGCACGUAUCGAUUGAGACCGACUUCCAAGUGACGGAUGGAGGCGAUAUGGAUGUAACAUUUAUGGUCAAAAAUCCGAGAGGAUUGAUUAUCGCCAAUGAUGUGAAACAAAUGAAUGGACAGCAUCAAGUGAAAAUUGAUGACCCCAAAAAUGGGCAUGGCGAAUAUUCUUUUUGUUUCGAUAAUAGCUUCAGUUCAACGUCGAGCAAAACGGUAGGGGUUUUAAAAACAAAUUUUUUUUGAAGAUCAGUCGAAAUUUCCAAAAAAAAAUUUUUUUUUUUUUUGAAAAGGUAAUUUUUCAUUUGUUUCCGUGAUCCUAGUCCUUCCGGAAAGUUGCCGGACUGGUUUUUGGCGUUUGCACUGUGCGAAAAAAGUCAGGGUGCGAGCGACAGCCCAAAAAAGCCUAUUGCACGGUGCGAAAAGCAAGAAAUUGCACAGUGCAAAGAAAACUUUUGUUUUCGCACAGUGCGUGUCGCAGAAAUCACUCCAGCGACUUUGCACAGUGCAUAAAAAGUCAGGGUGCAAGCGACAGCAGAAAAAAAUCUAUUGCACAGUGCAAAAAGCAAGAAAUUGCACAGUGCAAAGAAAACUUUUGUUUUCGCACAGUGCCUCCGAUUUCAGUCCGGCGACUUUCCGGAAUGGACUAGUAAUCUGUAAAAUUUGAUUAUGUCAUAUUAAUUUUAGGUAUAUUUCGAGAUGUUUUUACUGGACAAGGACGGAAAUUUCCUUCAAAACUUUGAUGCCUUUGCCGCCGAUUCUCUGGCUAGCAGUAUCGCUGGAUUUGAAGUGAGUUUUUUUUGUUAUGUUUUACAAAACUCUCUAGGCUAUUUGCUUGUCUCCCGGAAAGUAUAUUCAUCCAAAUUUUUCCAGAGAAUCACCACGAAAGUCAAGUCCAACAUGAACGAAGUGGAGAAAUUGCAAACUCAAGUGCGUGCCGUCGAAUCUCGCGACCGCAGUAUAAUGGAACACAACUUUGAGCGAGUCAACUUCUGGUCAGCCAUCCACACUGGAGCCAUUGCGUUCACCUUUUUGCUUCAAAUUUACACCAUCAGAUCACUGCUCACCGAGGACUCAAAAGUCGGUCGGUUGCUCCGAAAAGGCCGACUAAAUGACUAA